UGCAGCGGCGGCUCUGGCCCUGAUUAAACAUUUUUGCGUCCAUGGCAGCAGUCGUCUUGGAGCCGCGUCCAUUCACUGCGCCGAGGAGACGGAUUCAUGGAGGAGGGCCGUGCGCGCCGCCCGCACUCUGACUUUCUCUCACCACUGAAAUGUAAAACAGGAGGCAGGCAGCAGGUGAAGCGUGAACACGACGCCGGGCCACCGGGAAGCCGCCAGCCUCUGUCUCCCCCCGGCGCUGCGCUGUGAGGACGCGCGGCCGCUCCGCUCCGCUCCGCGCCAUGGCGCAGCGCACCGCUCGCCCCGUGCUCGUCCCCGCCGCGCUGCUGCUGCUCGGACUCGCCGCCAUCCUGCUGCUCACGGUCCCCACGGAGGACGUGCGGGAGGCCCCCGGGUUCAUGUAUGGGAUUGUCCUGGAUGCCGGAUCUUCACACACAGCUUUGUACAUCUAUAAAUGGCCGGCAGACAAAGAGAACGGGACGGGCAUCGUCACCCAGCACAGCGAGUGCCACGUGAAAGGCGGCGGGAUCUCGAGCUACGCCGGCCAGCCGGGAGCGGCGGGGCAGAGCUUGGAGGCGUGUCUGAACCAGGCGGUGAAGGACAUCCCCAAAGACAAACACAAGCUCACACCUGUGUACCUGGGAGCCACGGCGGGCAUGAGGCUGCUGCAGAUUUCCAGCCCGAAGCAGUCUGAUCAGAUCCUGGAGGAAGUCGGCAGUAAAAUCCAGUCUUUUCCCUUCAACUACCAGGGGGCGGCGAUCCUGAGCGGUCAGGAGGAGGGAGCGUUUGGAUGGGUCACCGUCAACUAUCUGUUGGAGAACUUUAUCAAGUAUGGUUUUGUGGGGCACUGGUUAAGCCCCGGCAGGCCCACGGUGGGAGCGCUUGAUUUUGGUGGGGCGUCCACCCAGAUCACGUUCGUCACUCAGGCGGAGGUGGAAGACAAGCGCGACAUGAAGAAGCUGCGCCUCUACGGCCAGGAGUACUCGCUGUACACGCACAGCUUCCUGUGCUACGGACAGGACCAGUUCCUCAAGAGGCUGCUGGCUCACAUCCUCAAGUCUCAGGGUUACUCGGCGACCGUCACCCACCCCUGUUAUCCUGCAGACCACAGCAGGGUGCUAAAGCUGGACAGUAUAUUUAACUCCCCGUGCACGAACAAGUCCAAACCCAGCCCCUACAACCCUCAGGCCUCCGUGACGAUACAGGGCAGCGGGCGCUACGAGCACUGUCUGGGCAACGUGUCUGAGCUCUUCUCCUUCAGCAGCUGUCCCUACUCCCAGUGCUCCUUCGACCAGGUCUUCCAGCCCAACGUCACCGGCAGCUUCAUGGCGUUCUCGGCGUACUAUUACAUCCACUCCUUCCUGCAGCAAGUCACCGGGAUCAGCGCUCGCACUCCAGACCAGCUGCAGCAGGCAGCUAAAGCCCUGUGUGGCAAGACUUACCAACAGCUGUCGAUUCUCGCUCCGGAGCAGAAGUCCCGCCUGCAGGACUACUGCGCCUCCUCCGUCUUCCUCCAGGUUCUCACCUUGAGAGGCUACGGCUUCGACGACGUGUCGUUCCCACGCAUCUCCUUCCAGAAGAAGGCGGGGGGCACCUCAGUGGGCUGGGCUCUGGGCUACAUGCUGAGCCUCAGCAGUCUGCUGCCGGCGGAGACGGUGGGGCUGAGGAAGGCCUUGACCCCGGCGGCGUGGGGAGUCCUCAUCUCUCUGUUUGUGCUGCUCCUCGUCGCGGUCCUGGUCUUCAUCCUGCUCCGAGCCAGAGACUGGAGGAAAAAAGGAGGCGGGGAGUCGCCGCUUUAGGCUCUGCUGUCAUGAACAGUGCAGGGAGAAAACAGUGGUGUGUUUCUGUCUGUUCGGACUCUGUGCUCCAACACUUCAAUGUCUCAUUUGUGUAAAAAUUGUGUUGUUUAAAUGAUGUGAACAUGUUUAAAUUAAAACUAUAAGUGCUUUAAAGCCAGUCUGUAUUUUAAAGUGAAUCCCUAGCCUUUGACUUUUAGGCUUAUUAAUGUUACGAUUAUCCUCUUUGACAAAAAUAAUCAAUUGUCAACAUUUAUAAUCCUUUUUUGGUGCAUUGGUUAGCACUCAUGCCUCAUACAACGAAUAUUCCUGGUUCAGUUUUUGGGCUUGGAGGCCUUUCUGGGUGGAAUUUGCAGGUUCAGGAUGGGUUUUCUCAGGGUAGCACACAGUCACAAAACACGCAUUGUGGUUAUUUUGUGAUUGUGUUUCUCCUGUGAUGAACCUGUGACCCGUCGAGGACGCACCCUUUACUCACAGUUAGAUGGGAUUGGCUUCAGCCCAACAAGGCCCUAAUCUGGAUAAAUCAGGUGUAAAGGAAGGAUUCUAUGAGUACAUUUUAAAUGUUUAUUUUCUGGCCCCAUGACAUGCCCGUUUUGUUAUUUGUCAUGAUAUACACUGAUCACUGUCUAGAAGCUACAACGUCACACUGAGCUGGAUUGGCCAGUCAUUUUUAAUUAAAAAAAAAAAAAUUAACUUAUUAGAGUGAUCUUUGCUUUCCAGUCAUGUGACUUACUUCUCUGCAACUGAUUUUGCUAAAAGCUGAC